GGGCCGGCGGAGCGGGAGGAGCCGGCGGCGGGCGGAGCGGCGCGGAGCGGCGCGGGCGGUUCAGCACCAGGGAGAGCGCCCCGCACCAAGCCGCGCCGGGCCGGGCCGGGCCGGGCCCCCAUGGGGCCGCGCUGAGCGGGACGGGCGGCCCCUGUGCGGCGGGGCGCGGGCGGGGGGGGGCCCGGCGGGCUCCGGGCCGCCCGUGGAUGAGCACCAUGCGGCUGCUGCUGCUCGCCCUGCUCUUCUCCUCCUCCUUCGCCCGCGCCGGCUGCGACCCCAAGAUCGUCAACAUCGGCGCGGUGCUGAGCACCAAGAAGCACGAGCAGAUCUUCCGCGAGGCGGUGAACCAGGCCAACAAGCGCCACGGCACCUGGAAGCUCCAGCUCAACGCCACCUCGGUCACGCACAAGCCCAACGCCAUCCAGAUGGCCCUCUCCGUCUGCGAGGACCUCAUCUCCAGCCAGGUCUAUGCAAUAUUAGUUAGUCACCCUCCUGCUCCCAACGAUCACCUAACACCAACACCCGUAUCAUACACAGCUGGCUUCUACAGGAUCCCUGUCAUUGGUCUGACAACACGCAUGUCUAUAUAUUCUGAUAAGAGCAUCCACCUGUCCUUUUUGCGCACGGUCCCACCAUACUCUCACCAGGCCAACGUCUGGUUUGAGAUGAUGAGAGUCUUCAACUGGAAUCACGUCAUUCUGAUAGUCAGCGACGACCACGAAGGUCGUGCUGCACAAAAGAAGCUGGAGACCCUCUUGGAGGAGAGAGAAUCCAAGAGUAAAAAAAGGAACUAUGAAAACCUCGACCAACUUUCCUAUGACAACAAGCGAGGACCCAAGGCUGAGAAAGUGCUUCAAUUUGACCCUGGAACCAAAAACGUGACGUCGCUGCUGCUGGAGGCUAAGGAGCUGGAGGCUCGUGUCAUCAUCCUUUCUGCCAGUGAGGAUGAUGCAGCCACGGUGUACAGAUCAGCAGCCAUGCUCAAUAUGACGGGCUCCGGCUACGUGUGGCUGGUGGGGGAACGGGAGAUAUCGGGCAAUGCCCUGCGUUACGCCCCUGAUGGAGUGAUCGGUUUGCAGCUUAUCAAUGGGAAGAACGAGUCAGCCCACAUCAGCGACGCUGUCGCGGUGGUGGCCCAGGCCGUGCACGACUUGUUUGAGAAGGAGAACAUCACAGACCCGCCACGGGGUUGCGUGGGCAACACCAACAUCUGGAAGACAGGACCCCUUUUCAAGAGGGUGUUGAUGUCCUCCAAGUACUCGGAGGGUGUCACCGGCCGGGUGGAAUUCAAUGAGGACGGGGACAGGAAGUUUGCCAACUACAGCAUCAUGAACCUGCAGAAUCGGAAAUUGGUCCAGGUUGGGAUUUACAAUGGCAGCCAUGUCUUGACCAACGACCGGAAGAUUAUCUGGCCAGGGGGAGAAACCGAGAAACCUCAAGGCUAUCAGAUGUCUACCAAAUUGAAGAUCGUGACAAUCCACCAAGAGCCCUUUGUGUAUGUGAAGCCCACACAAGCAGAUGGGACAUGCAGGGAGGAAUUCACCAUCAAUGGAGAUCCUGUGAAAAAGGUCUUUUGCACUGGACCCAAUGAGACCAUCCCAGGCCGUCCCACCGUGGCACUGUGCUGCUACGGCUUCUGCAUCGACCUGCUCAUCCGGCUGGCGGGGGUGAUGAACUUCACCUACGAGGUUCACCUGGUGGCUGACGGUAAAUUUGGUACCCAAGAGCGGGUUAACAACAGCAACAAGAAGGAGUGGAACGGGAUGAUGGGGGAGCUGCUGAGCGGCCAAGCAGACAUGAUUGUGGCCCCCCUCACCAUCAACAAUGAGCGGGCACAGUACAUUGAGUUCUCCAAGCCCUUCAAGUACCAGGGCCUCACCAUCCUUGUGAAGAAGGAAAUUCCCCGCAGCACCUUGGACUCGUUCAUGCAGCCUUUCCAGAGCACGCUUUGGCUACUGGUGGGGCUGUCUGUGCACGUGGUGGCAGUGAUGUUGUACCUCUUAGACCGAUUCAGCCCUUUUGGCCGGUUCAAAGUGAACAGUGAGGAGGAGGAGGAAGAUGCCCUGACCCUCUCCUCGGCCAUGUGGUUCUCCUGGGGAGUCCUGCUGAACUCCGGCAUCGGAGAAGGUGCUCCCCGGAGUUUCUCUGCACGUAUUCUUGGCAUGGUGUGGGCUGGCUUUGCUAUGAUCAUUGUGGCUUCAUACACUGCCAACCUGGCAGCCUUCCUGGUGUUAGACCGGCCUGAGGAGAGAAUUACGGGCAUCAACGACCCUCGGCUGCGCAACCCAUCUGAUAAGUUCAUCUAUGCCACGGUGAAGCAGAGCUCGGUGGACAUCUACUUCCGACGGCAGGUGGAGCUGAGCACCAUGUACCGGCACAUGGAGAAGCACAACUACGAGAGUGCUGCCGAAGCCAUCCAGGCAGUGAGGGACAACAAGCUCCACGCCUUCAUCUGGGACUCGGCGGUGCUGGAGUUCGAAGCCUCCCAGAAGUGUGACCUGGUGACGACGGGGGAGCUUUUCUUCCGCUCCGGCUUCGGGAUCGGGAUGCGCAAGGACAGCCCAUGGAAGCAGAACGUCUCCCUGGCCAUCCUCAAGUCCCACGAGAACGGCUUCAUGGAGGAUUUGGACAAGACUUGGGUGAGGUAUCAGGAGUGUGAUUCCCGUAGCAAUGCCCCAGCAACACUCACCUUUGAAAAUAUGGCAGGUGUGUUUAUGCUGGUGGCUGGAGGUAUUGUUGCCGGGAUAUUUUUAAUAUUCAUAGAAAUAGCUUACAAAAGGCAUAAGGACGCGCGGAGGAAGCAGAUGCAGCUGGCGUUUGCGGCCGUUAAUGUGUGGAGGAAAAACCUGCAGAGAGAACUGAGAAGGAGGAGCAAAUGUAUCCCCGAGCAUGCUCUACGCACCAGCGGGAUACAUUUUGGUUACCCCCGUGCGGUAGCAGAGCCAGACCUGGUCACUCCGUCCCCCGUCGGAAAGGUCACACUCAUUGGCACGAAAGCAAUUGGGGAGGAAUCGUUCUCAGCGCCCGCCGCAGAGCGCGGCCGGUCCCCACGGCUCGCUGCCCCCGCACCAUGGCGGCUGGUGCUCCCAGCCUGCGCUAACCAGGAUAGAAAAAGUGGUAGAGCAGAACCUGACCCUAAAAAGAAAGCCACUUUUAGGUCCAUCACCUCCACCCUGGCCUCCAGCUUCAAGAGACGUAGGUCCUCCAAGGAUACGCAAUAUCAUCCCACCGACAUCACUGGCCAGCUCAACCUCUCCGACCCCUCAGUCAGCACUGUGGUGUGACCUUCUCCCCGAGGGCCAUCAGUCCUUGCCCAACACAGUCGGAAGGCACAGCCGGGACUGCCUUUCAAGGGACACUGAUGGGUUCUUCUGGGUGAGAUGGGAGGAAAGCAUCCUUCAUCCAUACACAGUGACUUCAUUGUAUAUCUCCCUCCCUUCCUAGGCCUGCUGCCCUCCUCGUGUCCCAGAAUGCACGGCAGAACCAGGACACGGUUUGGACUUCACUGUACAAAGAUAAAUGCUUCCAACCAGUGCUGUUGAUAAUCAGUAUUGCCACUGGAUGGCUACGUGCAAGGGGAAAGGACUUCAAAAGGCACAUGGUGCCUGCCCUCCCACAGUAGCAGGGAAGAGCUGGUGCCAGACUAUAAACGUGUGCUUCACUUUGCAGGCUUCAGGCUCCUCAGCACAUGCACGUCCCUUCAGACGUGUCCUCCACAUCUCCCACCACCCCGGAGGGCUCCAGUGCAAUGUGCUCGUGGUCGCAAGCAGCUGGAGCAGCUGGCGCAGUUUGGCAGGUUGGGCACGUGUUCCUGCUGUGCUGAGUGACCCCCCUUUGCAGCAGGAGCUGGAAGAUGUGUGCUCUGCUCCUCGUAGGGGACGAACCCCCUGUUCCUCCUUCCCAUCAGCCCAUGGCUAUGACUUGGCUCCUGUACAUGGUCUGUUUGAAGCAGGAGUGCUCCCAGCUGUGCAGCCCACGAUCCUGUGCUAAACGUGGUACUCUGGAGCUCAUAACAUGUUGGCCAAGAUCCUGGCUCCCCACCUCUCCUGCACUGAAGACAUUGCCAGGACCUGGCCAUGGCCAGCAUGUAGCUCUCACACUGUGGAUCUCCUGGCCAGGAAGAUCUCAAAGGCAAUGGCUCUGGAUGGUUGCAUUGACCUUUAGCCAAGCUCCACACUGCCUCAGCACCAGCAAUGCAAGGAGACAUGCUGCUGGCUGGUCAUGGCUUACUGUGUGCUGCAGUCUCUGCAGCAGCCACCCAGCCUGCCUGCAGGGUCGGGGCACCAUAGCAGGCACUGGCAGCUUCCCUGCCACGCUCACCUGCAGUUCAAGCUUGCCAGCAGCUCCCGCAGCAGCCCUGAAGCCCCAGCUCAUGUGGCUGCAUCUGCCUGAACCUGGAGACAUGGAAACUGCAUCCCAGUCCAGGAGAAGGGAACCAAACGAGACAGGCGGACGCCGUUCCUCCCCACACCUUCCUCCCCUCAAACAUAUGUGCCCAUGUGCCAGCAUCCCUGAGCACCCUCCCUGUGAGUGCUGUGAGCGGGUGUGGAGACACCAGCAUCGGGGAAGCAUCUGGCACCAGCCAGGCUGAUGAUGAGCAGCUACAGCACGUGCACAGGCAACAUCCCAUCCCGCCUCCUGUGAAGGUGGAAAAUCCACCUGCAACGUGAUACCAAGCUCCAGUGGCAUGAACUGCCUUCUCCUUGCCCCAGCUGAGCAGAUGGGGCUUCCCCCUGAGCGUCGGCAGCCUUUGCAGGCAGGAUUUUCAGACAGCAGCUGAGGUCUGUGAGCAUCGUCCCACUGACUGCAGUGGCUCCGUCAAGUUCAUCUCACUCCAGCUGAGAAAUUGGACCCAUUCUACUUUAUACGUCAAUGUAACAUUAAUACCAAGUUUUUGCAACAGCUCAGUAAAGUCUAGACUGGAUCAUGAA